CUGGUGGGCGGUGCUGCAAAGUGAAAGAAGACACUGCAGGAAGUAAGGCGCACAGGCCAUCGAGCUUCUGCUUCUGGGACCUGCUCUUUUCUCUACUUUUCUCUCGGUGUGGCUCUCAUCUUCUGCUGAGUUGGUCCUUGGAGAGGAGUCUUCAGUAGUUCUGCACUGGACGGGAUAUCGUUAGUGCUAUCAAAUGAAAAGGCUGUGCUGGUGGAUUUAAAGCAAAGUCUCAAGCUAAAACUGUAAUUUCUCUUCAGCUUCUGGCUUGAAGGGAAGUCAAAGAAAGAAGAAAACAUGGCAGUUUCUCAGGACCCAAUAACUUGUGAAGAUGUAACUGUGACCUUCACUCAGGAGGAGUGGGCACUACUAAAUCCUUCAGAGAAGAAACUCUACAAAGAUGUAAUGUGGGAAAUACUCCAUAACCUUUUCUCAGUAGGAAAAUUGCAGGGUGAUCAUUUCACAGAACAACAGCAAACCCACCAAGGAAAUAAACAAAGAAAUAUAGAUGAAAAAUUAUCUGAGAAAAAGGGAAGAAGUCAGUAUGGAGAAAAACCUUGUGAAGUAUGUCACAAGAAAUUCAUCUGUUCCAGUUAUCUUCAAACAUAUGAAAGAACUCACAUCAGAGGAAAACCCUAUAAAUGUAAACUAUGUAGUAAAGAAUUCAUUCAGUCCAGUAAUUUGUGGAGACAUGGAAGAUCUCAAUGUGGAGAGAAAUCCUAUAAACGUAAACAAUGUAGUAAAAUAUUCAGUCAAUUUAGUUCUCUACAGAUUCAUGAAAAAAUGCACAGUGAAGAAACCUAUGAAUGUAGACAAUGUCAUAAAACAUUUAUUUAUUACAGUUCUCUUCAGUUACAUAAUAGAACUCACAGUGGAGAGAAACCUUAUGAAUGUAGGCAAUGUAGUAAGACAUUCAGUCAUUCUCGUUAUCUUAGGUUACAUGAAAGAACUCACAGUGGAGAGAAACCCUAUGAAUGUAAACAAUGUAGUAAAAGAUUCAGUCAAUCCAAUAUUCUUCGAAUACAUCAAAGAACACACAGUGGAGAGAAACCCUAUGAAUGUAAACAAUGUAGUAAAGCAUUCAUUCAAUCCAGUCAUCUUCGGUUACAUGAAAGAACUCAUAGUGGAGAGAAACCCUAUGAAUGUAAACAGUGUGGUAAAAUAUUCAGUCAGUCUAGUCAUCUUCGCUUACAUGAACGAACUCACAGUGGAGAGAAACCUUAUGAAUGUAAACAAUGUAGUAAAGCCUUUGCUGAUUUAUCUACUCUUCGGAGACAUGGAAGAAUUCACAGUGGAGAAAAACCCUAUGAAUGUAAACAAUGCGCUAAAACAUUCAGUCAAUCCAGUAUUCUUCGGUUACAUGAAAGAACUCACAGUGGAGAGAAACCCUAUGAAUGUAAACAAUGCGCUAAAACAUUCAGUCGAUUAGUUCUCUACAGAAACAUGAAAGAAGUCACAGGGGAGAGAAACCCUAUGAAUGUAAACAAUGUAGGAAAACAUUUACUUGUUCUGGUUCUCUUCGGGUACAUGAAAGAAUUCACAGUGGAGAAAAACCCUAUGAAUGUAAACAAUGUGGUAAAACAUUCAGUUCAUCCAGUCAUCUUCGGGUACAUGAAAGAAUUCACAGUGGAGAAAAACCCUAUGAAUGUAAACAAUGUGGUAAAACAUUCAGUCAAGCUGGUCACCUUCAGAAACAUGAAAGAACUCACAGUUGUGUGAAUCCUUAUAAAAGUAGACAAUGUAAUAAAAUGUUCACUUGAUCUAGUUCUCUUCAGACACAUAACAUAUAGGGGAGAAAGUAAACUGUAUGUAAACUUAUGAAAGUAAACUGUAGUAUUCUAUCAUUCCUCUACUUUUCAGAGAAAUAAAAGCAAAAAGUUGAACAGCAUUAAAGUAAGGUAUUUACUAAAGCCUGCAGUCAUUCUAACAAUCGUUAGAUACAUGAAAAAACUUGUAUUGGGGAAAGUCCCUGUGAUUAUAAAUGUGUUGUACAGCAUUUAUUUGUUCCAGCUGUCUUUGAGAACAUAAAAAGAAAACAAACAAAAACCUACAAAUGUAAAAUCUACAACUGUAAAAAAUUAGAAAAUGAUGUUUUUAUUUGUGCUUGCAUUCAAAUGAAACACCUCACAGUGGAAUAUAAAAUUGUGCUGUAAAAAAGGUAAUAAAUCAUUGAUGUGUUUCAA